ACGAAUACCCGGCUUAUAGGGCAUUGGAGAUCUAUCGAGAGCGCCAUCCGGCGACAAUUUUAAUUCGAGCUGCACGUAUACAGGCGCGUGGAGAUACGUCUCAAACUCGUAUGUUCCCUAAGUCAACUGACAUGCCUUCCCCUGAACAACAAUUUCCAGCCACUGCAGCCAAAAAAGACAUCAGGGGGACAAUAACCGGAGAGCGGAGCGCACUACUGCCCGGAAGAGCCAUUCAGCAGCAGUAUUAUCCUCCAUUGUUCAUCUGGACGGCACAGUACUGUCCCUCAGGUACCAGCUGCUUAUCGAUACCAGGUCACGUGCACCGUACCCUCGGCGUGAAUGUCCAUGAUCCGUGCACCAAAACAACGCGUCGUCGCGUCACACCCCUCACACAACGGGACACAAAGUUUGCAUUAGAAAGAUUUGAUUCAUUGCUCAUGCCUUUUCAUCGUGCACUCAGAGACACUACCCUGAUGACACCGCGACCAGAUCCAUGGAUAGCAAUAACACGGGGUGCGGAAAAAAAGCGCUACCAAAACGCCCACCGAACGCCGAGCCAACAUGAUAGUAAUCGCACAUAGACAACCCCAGAGAUGAACACCCGCUUGCUCCCAUACCCAACCCCCAGCCCGGACCCACGCGACGUCUUGGAGAGAAAAGAGGGAUAUCACGAACGUGGCUUGCUACAUG